AUGGCGUUGAAUCCUGACUCCACAAUUUAUUACCAAGGGGAUUGUGGACAAGGUUUGAGUUUACUGCCUGAUGAUCAGAGUCGGAAGCACAGAUAUCCAGGAAAUGCCACCACCAGAGAGAGAGCAUGUUGCUUCCCAUCAUACAUCUACCCAGACCCAGCCCAGGAAGAAACAUACGCCUCUGACAUUUUAUCCCAUGAGCAAGGCAACUUCUGUAGAACAGCUCAUGAAGAUAUUGUCUUAACUUCAAAAAGUGCUUCUUCUAAUUUAUUUUCUGAGGCACAGUAUCAAGAAGCACCUGUGGAAAAAAAAAAUUCAAAAGAAGAAAAUAGUAACCAUCCUACAAGAGAAGGUAUUUCAUCAUAUUGGAAGAAAAUGAUAGAACAGAUUCGGAGAGAUGACGAUUGUUCAGAAGUGGCUAAUAUUGAAGAAAGGCCCAUUAAAGCUGAUAUUAGAGAAAGGAAACAGACCUUUGAAGACGACGUAGAAGAACAAAUUCAGUUGGAAGAGCAAGAACUGAAGCAAAAACAGCUGAGGGUUAGCAAUUGUGCUCUUUUGAUUAAAUCAUUCUCAGCAAAACCAAAACAACCAUUUUUAAAACAAGGAGAAGGUUUAGCCAGAUUUACUAAUGCUGAAUCUAAGUUUCAAAAAGGCAAAGGAAGUAAACUAGUGACUGACCAGAGCACUUCUGAGGAUCAGCCUCUAUUUAAAAUGGAUAGACAACAGCAACUCCAGUGGAAAACUGCUCUCAUAAAUAAAGAACCGUGUGCAGAGAAACUUACCCUUAAAAAGGACAACAAAGCUAGCACCAAGAGGGGUUCUGUUAACAUCAGCCAGAAGCCAAAAGUGCUGAAGUGUAAUAACAGGAAAAGUCUCUCUCUGUCACGAUUGAAAAUACAGACAGGGAAGAAAUGUGAUGAGCAGUUUAGAAACCAGAUCAAAUCUGAAAAAAAGUAAUCUAAUAAUAAAGAAAAUAUACCCCAGUGUCCAAAACCUUGCGAUACUGGCUGUAGGUGGAAUAAGACACCAGAUAAAGACAGACGUCCUCUUUUAACAGGGCCAGCCAGCCGCCUCGCUUCUAAGAGCUAUGUCAGGGAGACCGUGAAAGACUCGGAAUCUUCUCUUGACGUUUCUCUUCAGAAAACGUUAGAGACUUGGGAACGAGAAAAGGAAAAGGAAUAUUUGGAGUUGGAUGGUUUUUUGUUUUUAGAACAAGCUGCUGGUGAAAUAUCAUUUUCUAGUAAUUCCUUAUUUGUACUGAAAAUCUUAGAAAGGGAUCAACAGAUCCACAAAGGUCGCCAGAUGUCUUCCACCCUUGUCAAAGCUGUGCUGCAGAAGAGAAAUCCGGCAGGUCCCGUUGGUCAGUGUAACCGAAGUAAGGAUUUGGACCACGCUGCACGUGAGAAGGAGAGUGAGUGUGAGGUCACACCCAAACAAAACCGUUCAUCGUCCUCAGCUGAUGAAUUGAGGGAACAGCCUUGUAAAAUCAGUAGGAAAGCCUUCCAAAAGAGCACUUCUGAAAAUCAAACUCAAUGGAUUGCAGGUGACGGUGAAGGUGUUAUGAGCAGUGACAGUUGCACUGACUCUGAGGAACAGCUUGAUGUUACCAUAAAACCAUCGAGUGAGGAUAGAGAAAGGGACUUCAGCAGCAGAGAGGAUAGCCCACAAGUCUGUGACGGUAAGGGACCUUUUAGGGACACCGGGACUCAAGAAGAUAAAAGGAGAGAUGUUGAUCUGGAUUUGUCUGAUAAAGAUUACAGUAGCGAUGAGUCUAUCACAGAAAGCAUAAAACAUCAAGUGUCUGAGCCCUCAGGAUCCUCAUCCCUAAGUAUGACUAAAAUGGACUUUGAUGAUGAAAGAACUUGGACUGACCUUGAGGAGAAUUUGUGUAAUCAUGACGUUUUUCUUGGGAGUGAAUCUAGUUACGGGACUCCGCAGACAUGCUACCCUAAGAACGAAGUAGGCAUCCUGGACAAAACAGUAAGAAGGAAGAUUGCACCAGUCAUGAAGGGAGAAGACUUGAGCAAAUCUAGGAGGAGCAGAAGUCCUCCUCCUACAUCGGAGCUGAUGAUGAAAUUCUUUCCUUCCUUGAAACCAAAACCAAAGUCAGAUUCACACUUGGGAAGUGAACCCAAGUUAAACAUAAGUCAAGACAAACCACCUGGUGACAAUGCUCGAUCCCAGGUUUUGAGAGAGAAAAUUACUGAAUUGGAAACAGAAACAGGAAAGUUUAAAGCUGAGAACACAUCUCUAGCUAAACUUCGCAUUGAACGAGAAAGUGCCUUGGAAAAUCUCAUGCAUGUUUGGGAAGAACUGAAAAGAAAGGAAACGGAAUGGUCAAGUACACACAGCAGUCUCCGAAGCCAGAUAGAAAUGUUACUCAGAGAGACCACUGGCCUCCCGGAAGAAAUAAAAGUGAUGGAAAGAUUCCGACUGGAUGCCUGGAAGAGAGCAGAAGCCAUCGAGAGCAGCCUGGAGGUGGAGAAGCAGGACAAGCUCACGGUCCCAUUGCCCAGGAGUGACCGCAAGAAGAGAUCACAUGGCCACCAGGAGCUCAGGCUUGGACACAUGGGAGGACCAACCAGGCAGCUGCACACAGCAGCACGGGCUCUAGUUGGGGACAGACGCCCGGGGUCCUCCGAAUGUGUGAUCCAGCGCGGGGCUGGGAGAGGCCAGCCAGGCUGUGAGUGGCAGGGAGGAGCUGACGUAGCCAGAGAGCAGGGGGCCGUGUGA